AUGGAGCGAUUGCCUUCAGCAGAUUUCACCUACAGACCGUUUGCGAGCCCAGACCCUCCGGUGCCCAGUGUUAUGAAACGAUUCCUGGAAAACUUCCAUGCUGGAAUUCACAGCUCUACAGAUCUAUAUAUCUGUUGCAUAUGUGGAGAUGGGCCGAAAGUCUUCCAGAACCAGGGUCGCUGCGUGAAUUGUGAUCACGAUGUUUGCGGAUACUGCGCCCGCAUCAAGUAG